GCUCCGGUAGCGGAGAGGCGCUUUGUACGGAGCGGCGGUGAGGAGCAUGACAACAGGACGCCCGUUAUAAACAGUAUAGUUACAACAAGUUACACUCUGAGCGUCGGCAAACCCCUAAACAUGGGCACAUGUGUGUAGAAAGCCUUUCGUGUGUCUCCAUCUGCCCGGCGGCUGUGUUUCCGUACAGGAUAUUCCCUCCUAACUCGUCCUUCUCAUUCUAUCCGUCCUGUUUUGACCCACUGGGUAUAACCUGAGAUAACCUGAGGUAUACCUGUAAGUUAGUGUCGGCCUGCUGAAUACACACACAUGUCAUGGGAUUGACAUGCUUUUAAGUUUUUUUUCUCAACCGGAUUGAGGGGAUCUGUAGGUGACGACUGUGUGCCCAAGUUGUAUUGGCUGUAACCCCUACGUGGCAGGAGUUAAUGGGACGUCUGAUGCUGGCUGUGUCCUAGUUGAACCGGACGUCUGGUUCUCCUCCUCGUUUGUGUGCCGGCUGUAUCCUAGUGGAACCGUACGCCUGGUUGUCCUCCUCUUGUGUCUUCCUGUCGGCUGAGAUGAUGAGGAACGCGUUGCUGUUCACGUUGUGGUUAAUGUUGACCACCCACCAUGCAAGCGCCGCGUCUAAAGGCGUCUCCGCGAGCCUCAAAGCCAAGUGGACCAUGACGCCUUUCCUGCUCGAGACAAGCGAGUUCGUUGCAGAAGACGGCAAUGAGAAGUUCUGGCAGUUUGUGGAUACUGUGAAAGAGCUCACUGUGUACAAGAACGGAGAGUCGGUGCGGUCCUACUACAACCUCAUCCUGAAGAAGGCGGGGCAGUUCCUCACCCACCUGCAGGUCAACCUGCUGCGCUUCGCCCUGUCGCUGAGGACCUACUCGCCCGCCGUGGCCGCGUCUCAGCAGAUCGCCAGCGACGAAGACACACCGGCGUCCUGCCCGGCGUUCGUGUCGGUCCACGGGCAGCUCGGCUGCAGCACCAAGGACCUCAAGAAGCUCCUGAAGGGCGCCUUGGACAGGCCAAAGCCGUGCCUGUACAAGACGGACCACAGGUACCCCGGGCGUAACGUGAGCGAUGUGCCCGUGGUGGUGCUCUACGCUGAAAUAGGAACCAGAAAGUUCAGCGCUUUCCACACGCUGCUGUCGGAGCGGGCGGAAGCCGGCUCGCUGAUCUACGUGCUCCGGCACUUUGUGGAGGACCCCCAGCCCCACAAGGUGCUGCUGUCGGGGUACGCUGUGGAGCUGGCCAUCAAGAGCACCGAGUACCGGGCGGUGGACGACACCCAGGUCAAAGAUUCAAAGGCUGGCACCAACCGAGAUGAGGAGGACGUGGACGAGGUCCAAGGGUUCCUGUUCGGAACGUUGAAGAAGUCCCACCCUGAGCUCCAGGGGGGGCUGGGAGAGCUCCGUAAACAUCUGGUGGAGAGCAGCGAUGAUAUGGCCCCCCUCAAAGUGUGGGAGCUGCAAGAUCUUAGUUUCCAGGCGGCCGCUAAAAUCCUGUCGGUGCCCAAGUUCGACGCUCUGAAGCUCAUGAGGGACCUCAGUCAAGACUUCCCCAGCAAGGCCAGAUCACUGACAAGAGUGACCAUAAAGCCGGAGAUGAGAAAAGAAAUCGAGGAAAACCAAAAGCGUCUGAGCGAGACACUGGGGCUCCACCCCGGAGACGCCGCACUCUUCAUCAACGGGCAGAACAUCGAUCUGGACACUCACACCCCCUUCAGCAUUCUGGACAUGCUCCGAGGAGAGGCGCGGGUGCUGGAGGGGCUCCACAACCUGGGCGUCACCGGGGAGCACCAGGGGAAGAUGCUCAGGCUGCCUGUGGGCGUGGUGGAGGACAGCUACGCCCUGGACAUCAGACAUCCAGCCAUCAUGUGGAUGAACGACAUCGAGAGCGACCCCAUGUACCGGGGCUGGCCCUCGGGGGUGCAGGAGCUGCUCCGCUCCACGUUCCCCGGGGUCAUCCGCCAGAUCCGCCGCAACUUCUUCAACCUGGUGCUGUUCCUGGACCCGGCCCACCAGCAGACCGUGGAGCUGGUGAAGCUCUCGGAGCUCUUCUACAAACACAUGAUCCCUCUGAGAAUCGGGUUCAUCUUCGUCGUGAACACGGAGGAGGAGGUAGACGGGUUCACGGACGUGGGGGUCGCAUUCUACCGCCUCCUGAGCUACAUCGCCGAGGAGUACGACCUGUCACAGGCGCUGACCUCCGUGGUUUCUAUGUACAGCAAAAUCCGUGUCGGGGAGUCUCUGUCCGUGGAUACCAUCACCGCCUUCCUGAAGAGGAAAUUCCCCAAAGCCAACGCAGGAAGGAUUCUGGGGCUGGACUCAGAAUACGAUGAGAGGAGACAGGCCGGCCCCCGGUUCUACCAGGAGAGCGGUCUGGGCGCUCUGCCCGUGGCGCUGUUCAACGGCGUGCCCCUGGACCCCGGGGAGAUGGACCCCGAGGAGCUGGAGACGCUCCUCCUGCAGCGCAUCAUGGACGCCACCAACGUCUUCCAGAGGGCCGCCUUCAUGGGCCAGCUGACGGAGGCGUCUGACGUGGAGGACUACCUGAUGGAGCAGCCCCACGUGGUGCUAAGGAUCAACCCCCUGGUCCUCAGCACGGAGAGGAGGUACCUGGACUUCACCGCCUCCCCAGUGGCGGACGACUGGGAGGACAGCACCAUGUUCUCCUACCUGGACUCCAGGGACCGCACCGCCGUGGUGGCCAAGAGGAUGAAGUACUUCACCAAGAACGACGAGGACGGGAUGAGUGGCGUGACGACGUGGAUCGUGGGCGACCUGGAGACGGAGGCGGGGCAGCGGCUGCUGGCGGGCGCACUGAAGCACGUGAGGAAGUCCCCGGGCGUGCGUGUUGGGGUGAUCGAUAACCCGGGCAGCAGCCGCUCGGGCCUGGAGGACACCAGGGUGUACCGGGCUCUGUGGAGCGCACUGCUCACCCAGAAGAACAAGGUGGCGCUGGAGUUCACCCAGACGCUGCUGAAGGGGGCGACCCAGGACCUGCUGAAGGGCGGGGCCAAGAUGAAGGACCUCCUGCUUCAGGGCAUGGACGCCGACGCCUUCGAGAAGAGGUUCAACACCAUGGAGGGGGGCUUCCUGCGCAGCCUGCAGCUGUUCUGCAGAGACGUGCUGAAGCUGGGCGCCGGGCAGCGGGCCGUGGUCGCCAACGGCAGGAUCCUGGGGCCGCUGGGGGACCAGGAGGAGUUCACCCUGGAGGACUUCCAGCUGCUGGAGAAGAUGACCUGGAGCAGCUCCACAGAGAAAGUCAAGGCCAGAGUCAAACACAUGGGGAUGAAGGGCAAACAAGCCAGUGAGCUCAUCAUGAAGGUGGACGCCCUCCUGUCGGGCGCCCCUAAAGGAGAGACCAGGAAGGACGUCCCCUUCCCCAAAGACGUCCACAGCGUGCUCCAUCUCUCCCCCCGUGACGGUGAGGUGGUGUUUGAAGCGGUGGUCGUCGUGGACCCCCUCAGCAGGGAGGCUCAGAAGCUGUCGUCGCUGCUCAUGGUGCUCAGUCAAGUGGUCAACCUGGAACUGCAGGUGUUUAUGAACUGCCGGGCCAAGUUGUCCGAAAUGCCCCUCAAGAGCUUCUACCGCCUGGUCCUGGAGGCUGACGUGAACUUCCUGGCCAACGACACCAUGUCGCCCGGCCCCACGGCUCGCUUCAGCCAGCUCCCCGAGUCGCCCCUGCUCACCCUGAACAUGAUCACCCCCGACGGCUGGAUGGUGGAGGCCGUGAGCAGCCCCCACGACCUGGACAACAUCCACCUGCAGGAGGUGAACGCGGUGGUGAGGGCGGAAUACGAGCUGGAGCACCUGCUGCUGGAGGGCCACUGCUUCGACCUGACCACGGGCCAGCCCCCCCGCGGCCUCCAGUUCACCCUGGGCACCGGCCAGCGCCCCCUCCGCCAGGACACCAUCGUCAUGGCCAACCUGGGCUACUUCCAGCUGAAGGCCAACCCCGGAGCCUGGAUCCUGAAGCUCCGCAAGGGCCGGUCGGAGGACAUUUACCAGAUCCUGACGCACGACGGGACGGACUCCCCCGACGACGCCGGCGACGUGGUCGUCACGCUCAACAGCUUCCAGAGCAAGAUCAUCAAAGUCCGGGUGCAGAAGAAAGCGGACAAAAUGAACGAGGAUCUUCUGAGUGAAUCUGUGGAGAGCCGAGGUCUGUGGGACUCCAUCGCCAGCAUCACCGGCGGCUCCUCCCGGCCGAGCGACGCGGAGAAGAAGGAGGACGUGCUCAAUAUCUUCUCGGUGGCCUCGGGCCAUUUGUACGAGCGCUUUCUCAGAAUAAUGAUGCUCUCGGUCCUUCGCCACACCAAAACACCCGUCAAGUUCUGGUUCCUCAAGAACUUCCUCUCCCCCUCCUUCAAGGAGUCCAUCCCCCACCUGGCGGAGGAGUACGGGUUCCAGUACGAGCUGGUUCACUACAAGUGGCCGCGCUGGCUGCACCAGCAGACGGAGAAGCAGCGACUCAUCUGGGGCUACAAGAUCCUGUUCCUGGACGUCCUGUUCCCGCUCGCCGUCGACAAGAUCAUCUUCGUGGACGCCGACCAGAUUGUGCGUGCGGACCUGAAGGAGCUCCGGGACCUCCCCCUGGACGGCGCCCCCUACGGCUACACGCCGUUCUGCGAGAGCCGCCGCGAGAUGGACGGCUACCGCUUCUGGAAGAGCGGCUACUGGGCCUCGCACCUGGGCCACAGGAAGUACCACAUCAGCGCCCUGUACGUGGUGGACCUGAAGAAGUUCCGUAAGAUCGCGGCGGGGGACCGUCUGCGGGGGCAGUACCAGGCCCUGAGCCAGGACCCCAACAGCCUGUCCAACCUGGACCAGGAUCUCCCCAACAACAUGAUCCAUCAGGUGGCCAUCAAGUCCCUCCCCCAGGAGUGGCUGUGGUGCGAGACCUGGUGCGACGACGCCUCCAAGGGCAACGCCAAGACAAUAGACCUGUGUAACAACCCCCGGACCAAGGAGCCCAAGCUGACCGCGGCGGCACGGAUCGUGCCAGAGUGGGUGGAGUACGACAACGACAUCAAACGCCUCCUCAGACGCAUCCAGGACGGGCGGGGGGGCGACGACGAGGGUCCGACGCCGACCGCGACCGCCACGCCCGAACCAGAACCACAACCAGAAGGCAAGAAGGACGAGCUGUAGGCCCUCUGAGGAGGAAGAGGAGGGUCUUCCCCGUCCCGUCGUCCGGGAGACGUACGCGUGCUGCUACGGAGGUCGUCCGCCGAGCGAUCACCAAGCCAAACAAAGAACAGAACUAUUUUUUCACGGACAUCUGAACUUCUUUUUUCCCCCGUCGCCCCUCCGUGUUUCACCUCGGCGUCUCGAUUCCACCGAGCGACCCCAGACCGCGUUGACACACAUUGCACUGAAAGCGCAUGCAUGGAGUAAUUGCUACGGCACACUGGUUUAAAAUAUGAUAUACACCCCGCAUCGUGACAAAAACACAGUUUGAUCUCUGCUGAAACGUCUUCAAAUGCUCAAACAUAAAGCUGUAGAUGCAGCUGUCUGGCUUGGCAUAUUCUUUAAUGUUGAAGUAUUAAAGUGAAGAACUGGUGUAUUACCCAGGAGCAGCCUGCCACGGUAGACGUAGCAACGGUAUUAAUACUGGGCCUGGUGCCAACACUAGUUAGAAUGAGUGGUCGGACAUCACAAGACCUGGUUUCUGCUCGCUGUAGUUUUGGCUUCGUCACUGAUCAGAGAAUUCUCAAUCACACUACAAAUGAUUUGAAAUGAUCGUACAUUUGAAUACUUAUUGAUUUGCAAGCAAUCCUACUUUCCAUGCCAUGAAAUAUUGUCUCAGGAAAAAUCAAAAACAAUCAUGCAAUAAUAAAGUAUUUAUCAAUCUGCUCAAUCUUAAAACGAAAAGUGGGAAUAGAUGCUCUCCCCAGUGGACCACACAACUUGUUUACAUUUCAAUCUUUCUAAUAAACACCCGUCAUGGAGGAA